UGCUCCGCUGCAGAUGAGAGCGAGCUGCUCCCCUGCUUGGCUUCACCCCGAUGAACCUGCUAGGAAUGAAUGAACCCCUGAGAAAGAAUGGAUUGGUGCAAUCCUGUGACCUACUCUCUGCAAAAGGGCUCUGCUUUAAAGAACAAUGGAACAAGCGCUGCAGACUCCGUGUGGUCAGAUGUCCAUUACCAGCUGCAGCGCUACACGUGGAGCAGCCCUGGAAGAGUCCUGCUCUACACUCCUCUCCGCUGUUCAGUGCCUGCGUUCAGUUACACCCACUCCGGAGCCUCAGAGGGGUCCAGCCAUGCGGCGAAAUGAGAGCUUCGCAGUGUGAAUAAAAGGGGAGAAGAUGCCAUUCCACCACGUGCGUGCGGGCCUGCUCUACCCAGACAACUACCUGAGCAGCUCCCUGACGGAGGGCAGCGAAGCCUUCCAGCUCACCAGCAUCUCCACAGAGGAGCUGGGAGAGAUCCGCGAGGCCUUCCGCGUCUUGGACCGCGAUGGGAACGGCUUCAUCUCCAAACAGGAGCUGGGCAUGGCCAUGCGCUCGCUGGGUUACAUGCCCAGCGAAGUGGAGCUGGCCAUCAUCAUGCAGAGACUGGACAUGGAUGGCGACGGACAGGUGGACUUCGAGGAGUUCAUGACGAUACUCGGCCCCAAGCUGCUGUCGUCCGACAACAGAGAGGGCUUCCUGGGCAACACCAUUGACAAUAUCUUCUGGCAGUUCGACAUGCAGCAGCUGUCCCUGGACGAGCUGAAGCAGGUGCUGUUCCACGCCUUCCGGGACCAUCUGACGAUGAAGGACAUAGAGAACAUCAUCAUCACCGAGGAGGAGAGCCUCAACGAAAACUCAGGAAACUGUCCUGAGUACGAGGGAGUCCAUCCCAAGAAGAAGAAUCGGCAGACGUGCGUCAGGAAAAGUCUGAUCUGCGCCUUCGCCAUGGCGUUCAUCAUCAGUGUCAUGCUCAUUGCAGCCAAUCAGAUGCUGCGGAACGGCAUGGAGUAACCGCUUGCACUGUGACCAUGGGGAGUGGACAAAAACAGCCAUGACCUCACAUCUCGUCUUUGCAGCCAAAGCUGGACCAGCCACAACUCGAGCACUUCUCUAAUCAGUCAGUUGAGUUUCUGUGUUGUUGUUUAAUUCCAUCCUAAAAUCAGGCGGCGUGCGUGAAAUGCAGAGAGGUGUAUUUGUUUUGCAGUGACGGCGUUACAGGACUCAUUUUCAUACGUCAUAAUUAUGACCGUCAUCUUCAGGCUCCACAAGGAACCUGAGCAGUAAAAAGUGUUUUUAUAUAAAUUAUUCGAAUAAAUUGAAUGUUUUAUUUUGCUGUUUUCAAGACCACCCUUUAAACUUGAUUUUCUAAUCCUAAAAACUUUAUCAGGUGCUUUGAGCCAUUCCUAAAUACGAAAACAAACCACAGCUGUGACGGACAGCUGCAUAUUUAACCCCAGAGAAGUCGCACUGAAUGUGACCUGAGUGAAUGUCGGACACGGCACCUGAACGCACAGCGAACCUCUCGCGUCUCACACAGCCAUAAAUGACCACCGCGCCCUCUGAGGCCCGUCUCGCCCUCAGCUCCGCCCAGCGUCUCCGGGGGCACAUUCAGUCUGUGUAUUUACAAGAAGCACAACUCCUGAGGGACCACGUACCAAUCAGCACCGUUCCCGCUCGCUGUCGUCCGCUGUUGCCCGUUGAUAACGUGAGCUGGGUCUGUCUCAGAGGUGCGAGAUGUAACCAAGAUAAAGAACCAUCAACCGGGGUUUCAGCCGUUCUGUGUUGAGAGAAAUGCGUCUCAUUGUAAAACUGCCCAACUGUAGUAAAUAGAGGCUACGCACAUCAACGCAUGCCAGUCUGUACACUGCCACAACAACCAUUACUGCUGUCCCAUGGAUUUCACUGUAUAUAUGCAUAUAUAUAAAUAUAUGUAGUACUACGUAGCUUGUGUAAUGUAUUAUUCCUCUCAGCAGAAUGUAUGAAAGGUAGAAACUUGAGAGUUGUAUCAGGGCUACACAGUGCAGCUGCCACACACUGGUUUCUUGGAACAUGUUGCAGCCUGGUGGUCGAAAUGUGAACUGCGGCUAAAAGCCUGCAGAACCACGUUCACUGUUCACAAGCGAAGAGCCUGAGCCUUGGUGUGUGUUGUGUUGUGUCAGCGUCACAGAGCACUUUGGUGACAUUCACGGUUUGUAUUGGCCCACAUCCCACAUCGUGCACGUGCGUCAGUGCAGAGCUCAGGACUGGACGUGUGACUGCGCCCGUGGUGGUUUCUGGGGUCAAAGCUGUAUUUUAUGGUUCAGAUCUGAUAGCAUUUGCUAAGAUGGAAACGUGUGGAAAAGGCCUUGCAGGCGCUUACAAUCAUGCCACAUGAGGCAGAACUUCCCAGUGAAACCACAGGUUGAAUUUGAAUGUUGGGCUGUUUAAUAGGAAGAUGUCACUGUUUCUCUGCUGUCACACAGAUGUGUUGUAAUAAUAUGUUCCUUUUCACAAUGAAGAUGAUCUAUUAGCCAGUGGACGUUUGUUCCAUAAUAUUAGUGUACAUUAAUAUUGGUGACAGUUAUUUCAGCCCACUGACCGAGCUGUUUGUGGAUUACCAAAGGGCCACUGAAUUGCACAAUGUUCCAUUUAAUGAUUGGAUUGAAGACUGUUUUGUUCCCAGUUGUACCUUGGAACGAUUCGUUCUCUCGUCUGACGUGAAUGAAAACAAAUCUGGAUAUUUCAGUCAUUCUCAUGUCGAGCCAUGUGCAUUUACUCUGUCUGUGUUGGACAAACUCCCGAGAGGACCAGAGGAGAGAGGGCUUCAAAACUAGCUUUGUAAAAUCCAGUAUCACAGCAAAAAUGUAUUUUACUGUAAAUCAGUAUGCAUGUUGUUGUUUAGCUUUUGUCUUCGACAGACAGGGAAGUCCAUUUCCCCUUUCUUUGCGGUGGCACAGCCUUGGUUUCAAUGUAGGUUUGUAAGUACUGUCACACAUUGGACUUUCCAGUUUAUACUGUAAUAGCCAUUUUCUAGUUUCUACCAGCUAUUAAUCAAAUCAGAGUGCAGAAGAGGGCAUUUUCAUAAAUAUGCAAAUACAAGGUCACAUCAUCAUCAUCAUCAUCAUCAUCUUCUUCUUCAUCAUCUCUGUUCCACGUCUUCUAGAGUAGACUAUGUAAUAUGUCGCCAUGGAUGCUUUCAAUUCACAUUGAAUAGAAUAUGUUGAGUGUUCCACGUUGGUUUUUUAAUGUUCUCACUGCCUGGUUGUCUUUAGGUCCUGCUCUGUAAUGUUUGCUCCACUUAUCCUGUCUUUGCUCUCAGCACACUGACAUUUGAUCAGUGAACUACAAUACGUUUUCAGCUCUGUCUACUAGCAUCACGGUCCCUUUGAAACCAGCAUAGACCACUAUAGCUUAAGAAUUCUCUAAUACCCGUUUCAUUCAGACGUCCUUGCAUGUGAGGGAAACCCUUUUGAUCAGCACUUCUGAAGUUUACAUUAAUAUCCUGUACGUCUGUAACGAGACGAAAUCAGCUCAUGGUUUUCAUGUUUUUGAAAGUUGCUUUUGAGAUUUGUUUUUACCAAAAUACGUUUUUACCUUGUAGAUUAUAUAGAGAUAAAACUAAACACGUACUAAAACCUUGGCAUGCUGCUUCGUAAAGGAGAAAGAAAACAGCAAUAGUUACUGAAUGGAUAUUUAAAAAUGCAAAUAAUGAGUUUAAUCUGUUUAAUCUAAAAAGAAAAUAUAUCCAUAUAUGUUUAUGCAAUAAAAUCUUGUUUUGAUAGAAA